AUGUCCACUUCAGGAUCUGACAAUCAGACUCCAUCUCCAUCAAGUCGAGGAAGUUUUGUUGAAAAAUUACUUAACGAUGACGAUCUUGAGCCAUAUGUGCGUCGAAAGAACUCGGAGAGUGAAGCGAAGAGGCGAAUGGAGGGGUUAAAUGAAGAGGAACAAAACGUCUUGCGCACAUCGAUCAACUCAAGAGAGCGCAAACGAAUGCACGAUUUAAACGAUGCAAUGGACGAUUUGCGGAGUUGCUUGCCAAAAGUUUACACGGAUGGCCCUGGUGCUCGUCGCUUGAGUAAAAUCAACACGCUGAUGCUAGCCGCGAAUCGAAUUCGUCAACUCAUUCAACUCAACGAAAAGCUCGUCUCCGAGAAUGCCCACUUGCGUUCGCUCUCGAGCUCAUCACAAAGUCAAUUCAAAGAAGAUGUGCCACCAAGCGAUCUUCCCAUUCCCACUCAAUCUUCAACUCCAAGGAUUACGACAAUCGGUGGGACAAUCGUUAUUGAG